AUGGCUGCUGCCUCUGCCUCGUCUCUGGAGGAGGACUUGUCGUGUAGUGUGUGCUGUGACAUCUUCCGGGAGCCCGUGCUGCUGGGCUGCGGCCACAGCUUCUGCCGGGAGUGUCUGAGCCGACACUGGAGCUCCUACCCGGGCCGCCGCUGCCCCAUCUGUCGCGGCCCCUCGCCCCAGGAGCCCCUCCUCAACAUCAGCCUGAGGAAGAAGCCCAUCUGCUCCAAGUGUAAGCAGAGCCAACACAGGGGCCAUCGUGUGCUGACUGUGCAGAAAGCUGUGAAGGAGUGCAAGGCUGCCGUGGGAAAGUGUGAGAGGCAGAUUCAGAAAGACUUUGAGAUGCUCUUCACGUUUCUGAAAGAGGAACAGAAGACGUGCUUGGAUGCUGUGAGGGACACUGGGACACGAGAGACCCAGCUGAUGAGGGAGGCCAUGGAGGCUGAGGUCACCAUCCUCUCCGACCAAGUACAGAAAGCAGAGGAGAUGGCCAACAAAGAUGACAUCGCUUUUUUGCAGGUGGCUAUACAACCUGGGUCCGAUUACCCAGUGAUCCUGGACCCUAUCACCCCUCCAGUCAAUAUCACCCUAUCAGACGACUUGACCAGUGUCACGGCGCUGCCAAUCCCGGACCCCUUCGACUUCUAUGCAUUGGUUCUGGGCUCCAAGGCUUUCGACGACGGCUGCCACGUCUGGGAUGUUCACGUUGGCGAAUCCUCAGAGUGGGUUGUGGGCGUCACGUCACAGCAGCACGUUGACGGUGGUCCCAGGUCUCUCUGGGCCAUCCAGCGAAAGCAAGACCAGUACUCUUCCUUCACCUCCCCUCCCACCCCACUCAAGCUCCCCUCCUCCAGCUCUCUCGAGGUGCUCAGAAUCAAGCUGUUUUGGGCCGUGAGCUACCAGGGAGGCUCCGUCAGACGCAUCCGGAAGGUGACGUUCUCUGACGCUCGGAACAACUGUGGGUCGACCAUUUUCCGAUUUUCACUGGGCGACCACACGGGGGCGCUCUACCCCUUCCUGCGCCCUUGUGGUCGGGGGGGCGAGCUGAGAGUCGAGCCCACUGAGGUAGAGGUCCAGGUGAAGGAGGCUCUGGGGUUGUGGGAGACGUAUGGGUGUGAGGUCAACAUCUUUGGGUUUGUGUUUGGCAUCGUGUUUCUCAUAUUUGCUCUCAUUUUAGCAACACAAAAUCAAGCUGCAUAG